AUGUCUGCACAGCCCGAUGAAAUACUUCAUACCCUUCUUGAUACAUUUGCGCCGGGGCUCUCCUGGAUUGUCCGAUUGCUCUCAGAAGUCAUGGGCGUUAAUGCCUUGUCCUACUUUCUUCCGCUCGCUGCCCUUCCCAUGAUCUCAACAUUCAUACUACCGUGGAUUUGGGGAUUCCUCGAGCCUCUUGUCUUCCUGGUUGUCUCAUCAGCGGAAAUCAAACACCGCAACAAUUUAUAUCCUCAAGUCACAAGAUGGAUGUCCCGUGUUCAAUUCUACAGCCUGUCGGGCUCUACUGUUAUAGGAACCACGGACGCAUUCGGAUAUCUUUGGGACUCCAAUAAAGAUGCCGUCGAGUUUGUAGAGACCAAUGAAGCAGCAUAUCGAGGAAAACUCAUAAAGUUUCGAAUCACGCCUGGGCAAAAUCAUGUUCAUUUCUUUCGUCAUAAAGGACACUUGUUUGCUCUUUUUCGGGACCCACCGCGGAAUCCUGGUGAUGCUUUUUCGAGAAUUUCCGAGAACAUUCUGAUUUACUACCCUUUUUGGAAUAAGCGUCGCUUCGAAGACCUCGUGGAGACUAUACAAAAGUUUGAUGUUGACUCCCGUCGCGGGAAAAUAAGGGUACUCUGUGCACAUCAGGAAAAGCAGAACGCGAGUUGGCAGAGGAUGUGUGAUGAAUGGCCCCGAAGCUUUGAAAGCAUGGCUCUUCGUGGAACUAUGAAACAAGACAUCAUCAACGAUAUUCAGAACUUUCUCAGCGAAGAGGUCUUCGAUUUCUACAAAAAACGUGGCAUCCCGCAUCGUCGCGGCUAUCUGUUCUACGGCCCACCCGGAACCGGCAAAAGCAGUUUCUGUCGAGUGAUUGCCACCCAAUUUGAGCUUCCCAUAUACAUAAUCAACCUCGCUAUUGUUGAUAGCUAUGGACUGCAAGAACUGUUUCGCACACUACCUGCCCUUCCAGAACGCUGUGUUGUAGUACUGGAAGAUAUAGACACCGCGGGGAUUCAAAGAGCUGGAAAUUCUACAAGUGAAGAUAAAAUCAAUCGGCAAGAAAGAGUCAAUUUGGCCACUGUCCUAAAUGUUCUUGAUGGGGUUGGGGCACACAGUGGUCACAUACUUGUUGCCACCACGAACGCCAAACCAACUCUUGAUGAUGCUCUCCUUCGACCCGGGCGAAUGGACAAACAAUACGAGUUCCUAUACCCUGAUCCCGAGACAAUAAAGAUUUACUUCACUUUUUUUUUUCAGGACUACUGUACCGAUACAGAUCCAUCGAAGAAGUCUCUUGGGCAGCUGGCUGUUGAAUUCUCCCAAGCCGCCUCCCACGUUCUUGUAUCACCUGCUUCUCUGCAGGAAUACUUCUUGCGGUGCAAUGGAGACCCGGCUGUUGCUAUUCAAAACGCAAAAACCAUAAAAGCUGGUCAGUAG